CAUUGGAGCCGCUACCAUGACUGUGGGCAAGAGCAGCAAGAUGUUGCUGCACAUUGACCACAGGAUGAGAUGCAUCCUGCAAGAUGGCCGGAUCUUCAUUGGGACCUUCAAAGCUUUUGACAAGAAUAUGAAUUUGAUCUUCUGUGACUGUGAUGAGUUCAGGAAGAUCAAGCCAAAGAACUCCAAACAAGCAGAAAGGGAAGAGAAGCGAGUCCUUGGUUUGGUGUUACUUCGAGGGAAGAACCUGGUUUCUAUGACAGUAGAAGCACCACCUCCCAAAGAUACUGGCAUUGCUCCACUGCCACUUGCUGGAGCUGCUGGGGGCCCAGGAAUCGGUAGGGCUACUGGCAGAGGAAUCUCAGCUGGUGCUUCCAUGCCCCAGGCUCCUGCAGGACUUGCUGGGCCAGUGCGUGGGGUUUGUGGGCCAUCCCAGCAGAUGAUGACACCACAAGGAAGAGGCACUGUUGCAGCUGCUGCAGCUGCAGCCACAGCCAGUAUUGCAGGAGCCCCAACUUGGUACCCACCAGGUCGUGGAGGUCCUCUCCCACCUAUGGGCCGAGGAGCACCUCUUCCAGGUAUGAUGGGCCCACCUCCUGGCAUGAGGCCUCCCAUGGAUCCCCCAAUGGGGAUCCCUCCUGGCCGAGGAACUCCAAUGGGCAUACCCCCUCUUGGGAUGCGGCUCCCUCCACCAGGGAUGUGA